AUGGAGAUGCCCUGGGACCUUCUCCGUGACUGGUCCAGCUGUUGGAAAAGAUUCCUGUUCACAGCCACAAUCCUCAGCUCUUCUAUCCAGCUAGCUUCUUUGGCCCAACUGAGCAUAGCACCCAUUCCUUCCUAUGGGUCAAUCGGAAGCAACGCUACCCUGUCUGUCCGUGGGAUCCCAAAGGAGCCUCAGAGUUAUUCCUGGUUCCGGCAGAUGAUGGAGGAGUCCAACAAGAUUGUUAGCUAUGCAGUCCAGUCAGGAGAGCAGACUCGAGGACUCAACCACACUGGCCGGGAGAGUAUUUUCCCAAACGGCUCCCUAUUUAUCACCAAUCUUACUUCCAAUGAUAAUGGUGUUUACAUCAUAGAAGUCACCACCACAGAUUUGAAGCCAGUAUUGGGACGGGGGCAUUUGCAAAUCAAUGAUUCUCCCAAGACCUCCCACUUUGGGUUAGUCGCCAGUAUUGUCCUUGGAGCCCUGGCUGGUGGGAUUGUCAUGGGUGUCCUGGGCUACUUUCUCUUCAAGCGGACUCGAGGGUCUUCACAGAGAGUGAGAGAAAAUUCUGUCCGAAGACGAAGGCGUCAUCCUGUAAUUCAGAAUAAUGGUAGAGAAGAUAUCGUGUAUGAAAAUCACCAGUGGUAUCGAUGCAAGAUCUUGACUGGCCAGGGAGGAGGCUUGUCAUCCAUUUCCUCUCCAGAGAUUUUGGAGGCCCCCCACCAGGCAUUGGACGUCAGCAAAAUGGAUGUUUAUGAUGAAGUCAUGGUCUGGCCAACAGUCCAAGCCCCUUAG